GACAGGCAGAUGAGUGUGCCAUUGAUUUGGACUACUGGCAUUUGACAUUGUUCCUUCAUACAUCGCUCAUCUCUUUUCACUUGCAGCACGUUAGGGACAUAUUUAUUUAUACAAAACCGUAUUCUUCCUGGAACUACAUCACCAACAAUAUACCAACAUGAAGGGCCUCUUCUUCCUGUGUGCUCUAUUGUGUGGAGCUCAAAUAUCAGAGCUUGGUACUGCUGGUAAUGCAGAUAAUACCACACAUUAUACCAAUUUUACAGCUUCAACAACCACAUCCAAAGAUGUUGCCACCAGUGUUGCCAGCACCACGCCUAAUGCCACCACACCGUCACCUAAAAUAGUCUCGGAAUCCAAAACUCAGAGCACUUCACCUGACACAAAGCCUCCCAUCAACACACUUCCCAGAAUGUUUUCCAAGGAAUGGAAGGAAUGUCGUCUAACGCUCAUGGUGUCUGGCGGCCUGAUCAUAGCCUGUACCAUUCUGCUGCUUUCUGUUCUGGUGUUGUUAUGCAAGGUGUGCCACUUGAGGAGGCGCAUCAAGAUGCUGAGCAGCAACGCUGACCUGAUCAGCACCAAUGAUUACUGGAUGGGAACUGCCAAGAAGAACAAAGAGACAGAAGCCAAAGAGACCACCGUGUUAAUGUCUGACAUCAAUCAAACACAGGAGGAGAUGGAUAACGGUACCACCAAGGAAGAAGGAGAGAAGGUAAAGGAGGAUGGACAAACAGGAGAGGAAGACAAGAAGGAGGUGGGAGACAUGAGUGCCAAGAGUGAAGACGCUUCAGCUACACCUGUAACCGUUGAUGAAAAGGCAGCCUCCUCAAAGCCACAAGAGGAGGCCAUUGAUGCCCAGUCCACCAACGCAGUAGCAGCCUCCUCCUCUGAGGGCACAGAGGAACCAAAGGAUGGGGUGUAGAGUUAUGUGUGUAUGCCAAAGAGUUUCCUGUUUCAAUUCCCUAUAGUUUUUUUUUUUUUUUUUUUUUUACUACCCCUUUACAUUAAAUGAAUGUUACUUCUUUCAGCAGCUUUUGCUUUACAGUAAGUUGCAACAACUGCGUGUGCUGCCAAAUCUGUCAAACUGGGCACUGAGCAUUUCUGGCUGAAAACAGUUGGUUUAUACUGUAUUUCUCGGUUAUUUGUGUAUAUUGGAAUAUAUUAAUAUUACCAUGAAUAUCAUGAAUAUCUGUGUCUUAACACACCUUACUCUUGUGAUGUAUAUACAUUUAUGAUGGAUAUGACAACAACCAGAGGAAUAAAAGAUAACAUGAC